AUGUCCAUGCGUCUGCACGGAGCAGAUCUUCAGUCGUUGGCCUCAAAAGCCAGAGUGGGAUGGGACGGAGAUUCGGAGAAGCACAACUCGGCGUUGAGUACGCCGAGAGUAUCCGGGGAUAAGUUCCCUACUCAAGCCGCUUCGCCUGCCGCUCCCGGGUUCGGAGCUGUCAAGCGAAGAUUGGUUAGCAUCAACCAGUCUUAUAGCUCCAUGCCCCAAGCACGGCAGUUGGAUUAUCGUGUCUGCCAGCCAUCUUCCUGCUUUCACAUCGUGUUUGAGCCUCGACACCGAAAUAGAAUCAUGAGACGGCCCAACGUCUUUCCGCUGACGGUGCGGUUUCGGCUCCAGAAGAAGGGAGAACUGGGAGUCUCGGGCCUCGAGAUGGAUAUAAAGAUGUGGAUCGACGCUCUCUCCUCUCAAGACUUUCACGAGAAAGAGACCAUGAAAGCUCUGCUGCAACUCUCCUUGUUCUUGGCCCAGGGACUCCUUGUCUUUGGGACCACAACAACAGGAGGUCCUCCCAAGUGCAAUGCCGACAACUGCUACCGCGCCCUGUUCCCCUGCCCAUCUCCCUCCGCCGUCUCCGUAGCCUCGGGCUUUUGCGCAACCAUAACCGCCUCCGGCACCACCGCAACCAACUAUCCCACCCGAGCUACCAACGCCUGCGGCCUUACUCCCGAUCGCUACAUCUCCGCUUGCAAGUGUGGCCCGACCUGCUCCUACACCACCACCACCGCUACCGCAACCACGACGGUCGCCUGUUCCUCCGCUACCCCCUCCAACGGCGGCCUCAUCUACGGUGACUUCGAAUGCCCGUCCCCUUCUCCCCCCUGGACAGUCCAAAUCCUCGACCCCUCCUUCUCCCUCUCCACCACCACGAGCAACAGCUUCACCGGUAACCGCUCCCUCCGCGCUUCUCUCACCGGCCCAUCCACUUGCUCGGGCGUGUGCUCCAACGCGCGCAUCAUCAGUCCUCCGCUACCCAUUACCCCAAACACCGAUUACAAACUCACCCUCGCCACUUUCUUCCCCAACAACACCAACGGCGGGACUGGUUCCACCGGGUUCAUCGGCGUCCAGAUCAACGGGCGCGCAGGCCUGACCAUCGACGCCAACGACAACCCGGGUCGCGAAAGAUGGCGCUUCACGCAGUCCCCCUGGCGUUCUCUGUCCACCGAGACCACAGCCGGAAUAAGAAUUGAGUGGAUCGGCCCUCCCUCUUUCCUCGACACCAUAACCUUCGCUCCCGUAACCGCUUACUGCGGUCCCUCCCCUCCUCCUUUGGGAAUCCUCCCCGGCGGCGAAUUCGAAUGCGGCGGUCUCGGCUCUUGGACACAACAAGUUCCCGACCCCGGUGCCAUCGCCGGCGUUGUCACCUUGCCCAUCCCCGGCCAAGUCAACCCCGACUACCGCUUCGGGUCGCACGCCUGGCGCGUUGUCUCUCCCCAGAAGCCAAACCCAGCGAACCAGGAUUCCCUCGUCUCUGCCCGCCUCAUUUCCCCGACGUUGUCGGUGAUCCCCGGACGAAAGUACUUGAUCAGCUUCUCCACGUACUUCGAUGCGUUUGGGAUUGGCUUUAUGGGGCUUAUGGUUAAUAACCAACCGAUCUAUACGAGGGAUCCGGGGGAUCAGGGGCAGGGAGGAGUCGGCUGGUGGGGACCGAAUACGGUUUACUGGACGGCGCCCGAGAACGUGUCGAGUGCGCAGCUCAAGUUUGAGGCGGUUAUGGCGGAGGCGGGGACGAUGGGGGUUGAUGCGGUGGUUAUGGUGGAGGUUAAUCCUGCUGUCACUGCUUGA